AAGAAAGAGCGCGCGUGUGAUGUGUUUGUCAGUGUUUUUCUCUCUUGCGUGUUUCACUGAGUGUUCACGAAGUCCUGUAUCUAUGUAUUUUAGUGUUGAGACGAGGCAGGACACUACAGUGUGUGACAGUAAACAGAGCUUACAGGAGGAUCAAACCUCCACAGAGUCUCUGGAUUCUGUCUGUAACGCUGGAGAACAGCAGCAGAUCCUGCAGACCAAACUGAAGAUCAAACGCAUCGACUGCACGAACCUCAUGAUGAAGAUUAAAACUGAACCAACAGCAAUAAAAACUGAACCCACGGAAAUCAAAACUGAACCCACGGAAAUCAAAACUGAACCCACAGAAGAGGAAGAUUGCACUGAUGAAGAUGAUGAUUUUAGUCCAUCAGAUGUGAAGAGUGAUUCAUGUUUGGAUAUAGAAAUAACGUCCUCAACAUCAAAAGAGCGACUGACAGAACAAACUCUUUCCUGCAUCACCUGUGGAAAGACAUUCAGCUCACAGAGACAUUUAGAGAGACAUGAGAGAAAACACACAGAACAGAAACACUUCACCAGAUCUGAGAUCAGCUUUACUACCUUACAAGAGAAGAAACUUCAUUCAGAAGACCACAGAGAGAAGAAGAAGAAGCAGUUUCACUGUGAGCAGUGUGGGAGGAUUUUUGUCUCUUCCCAUAAUCUAAAUGUUCACAUGAGGAUACACCGUGAUGAAAAGCCUUUCAACUGCACUGAAUGUGGAAAUUACUUCAGAACCAAACAAAAUCUUGAAGUUCAUCAGAGACUUCAUACUGGAGAGAAACCUUAUCACUGUAAUGUUUGUGGGAAGAGUUUUAAUCAACAUGAAAGUUUAGUGACACACCUGACAAUUCAUACAGGUGAGAAACCUUUCAAAUGCUCUCAGUGUGACAAGACGUUUACUUCUUCAGCUAACUUAAAAGUCCAUCAGAGAGUUCAUACUGGAGAGAAACCUUAUCACUGUAGUCUCUGUGGGAAGAGUUUUAGUCAAUGGGCUGCAUUACGAAAUCACAAGAGAAUUCAUACAGGUGAAAAACCUUUCAAAUGCUCUCAGUGUGACAAAACGUUUGCUCAGUCAAGUUCCUUAAAAUACCAUCAGAGAGUUCACACUGGAGAGAAACCUUACGUCUGCGCUCAAUGUGGAAAGAACUUCACUAUUUCAUCUCAAUUAAUAGUCCAUCAGAGAGUUCAUACUGGAGAGAAACCUCAUCACUGUAUAGACUGUGGGAAGAGUUUUAGUCAAGGGGCUUCAUUACAAAAUCACAAGAGACUUCAUACAGGUGAAAAACCUUUCAAAUGCUCUCAGUGUGACAAGACGUUUGCUCAGUCAGGUCACUUGAAAGCCCAUCAGAGAGUUCACACUGGAAAGAAACCUUAACACUGUAGCGGUACAUUCACACUGGUCGAAAUCGUUACCGCUUGACGGGAGGCCUGCCUGUAGCGUGGCCAACGGCCAAUCACAGUGGGCGCAACAUGUGCUCCGGUCUUCCAUAAACGUAAUUGGCUGGCUCUGCCUAGGUUAUUUGCAUAAGGCGAUCUGAUUGGCUGACGCAUGCGUUGCUGCUUGAAAUGUUGAGAAAUGUUCAACUUCUGCCGCGAGCUUCCACAGGUCAGUUCGGCAAUGCAUGACAUCACCCAUUAAUGAAUGGGAAGCAUUAACGCUUACGCACCGUGUGAAUGUACCGUAAUGUUUGUGGGAAAAGUUAAUCAACAGUCAAACUUUGUAAAGCAUCCAUGACCUUAAUAAGGUUAUGACAUCACAAACUUGUAUAAAGUUUUAAAUUUUGUUAAAAAAACAAUAAAAUAAAAAAUAACCCAACAAUUACAAAAUAAAUGGUGAAAUAAGAACAAAUAAUUAAAUUAUGAGCAAUAUUACAGAUAAAUACAACAGAACAAACAUACAAAUGAAAUGAAACAGUGCUGUUCAGGUUUUUCAGAUUGAUGUAAUAGUAGUACUGUAUUAUGGAGGACGAAAAAUGACUUAAAGUUCUUAUAUUUCAAACUUUCUAGAGUUUUAUUUUAGAUUAUAAUAUCCUUAAAGGGAUAGUUCACACAAAAAAGAAAUUUGUGUCAUCAUUUACUCACUCUCAUGUUGUUACAAACCUGUAUACAUGUCUUUGUUCUGAUAAACAGAAGGAAGAUAUUUUGAGGAAAGUUUGAAAUCGAGUCCCAUUCGCUUCCAUAGUAUUCUUUAUUCCUACUAUGAAAGUGUUGUUUUUUGACUGUUGUUUUAUGAGUGAAACUUCUGCAGUUGAAAUAACGUUACCCAUGAAAGUACACUGAACAUUAGAUUCUGUACACUACUGUAAAUGUUAGUUUAGGAAACCAAGAGACACAGAGACUAAAAGUUUUUUACCUCACCAUGUGUAAGAGCCAUAUUUCGUAGUUUUAUUGUUAAUUCAAUCUUAUAUAUGUGUUUAAAUCUUGUGAUUAAAGAGCAAAAUAAAAGUGUAAUUUGAUAUUUUGGAAAACUUUUAUCUUGAAGCUCCAGAAGAUAAUUGGUCGAGUUGACCCAAGUUUUGAGAAAGAAAGAUUGGAGCUCAUCAGCGCCCCCUUGAUGCGGUCUCCGGCAGUCAACCCAGAAGUCCUUGCGAAAGAGCAAUCAGACCAAUCGGACAAGGAAGGGAGGAGUUCACACUGACGGGCAACUCCUCCUCCCAGACUCGGCGUGACGCUUGAUCAAGUCUGUCCCAAAAUACGACUCCGGUGCACCCACGUGGACUCGUAUCAAGGGUCCCUAAAGUCUGCACUCUAUGAUGUCAUCAAAGUGUGGACUCUGAGGAGGAGGACCACAAGUCCAGAGUGUGCCAUUUGGGACAGGGCCUCUCUCGCUGAAGGGGAGUUGGCCCUUCUUGUUCGCUACAAAGAAUCGGCUUUUAGAGCCGGUUCGUUUGCGAACAACCCAUCACUAGACGUAACGUCAAUGCCUUAAAUUUGAAUUUUCAACCGGUGCCAAGCUUAUGUCAAACUCUAUUCAUCUUAAUGGUACAACCUAGAAAUUGAAGGUAAAUUCCAGACAGUCAUGUUAUGCCUACUCUCAAUCACAGUCAAGUUAAUACACAAAAUAAACGAUAAGGCAAAAUAUCAUCCAAUACUGUUUCCUGGGAUGAUAAACUCCCAUGUUCAUCAUCACAGUAAUUUAAUGACAAUCACAGUUGAAUGUAAUGUGGUAGUGAAAAGGAAAGUAAUUGUACUGGUAUCUAUAAAUGGGUUUCCUGUUUACAAACAUUACAGGGUGCGCGUGCAUCCUGGAGGCAGAAAGCUAGCCCAAUUGGUGAGCUGGUCCGCUACCACAACAACCUUAAGCUUUGAAGCUUUCUUUAUUGUUUGUAUAUAACUGCUGACUAAA